AUGAACGCGACCGCGGACGCUACGUUUGGCCCCCGACUACAAGGGCAUUUCGACUUUACCCUCCUCUUUGAGCAAAGUAUCUUCUCAAUUGGCCCAUCGGCAAUCUUGCUAACUACCUCGCUUUUCCGGAUUACUGCUCUGACCCGGAGGAAGCCAAGCUUUGGGGCGAGCACCUUGCUCUGGAUCAAGCUCAUUCCAACCAAAAGCUCGGAGCACUACUACAGACAAGUUAACAACUUAUUCCCGGACACUCAGUAUUUUUAUCGCUACUUUGAAGCACCGGGAUUAGGACACUGUGUAGGAGGAGGUGGAGGACAUCCUCUCACAAUAUUUGACGCUCUUCGCAGUUGGGUAGAGGAAGUCUACCAGGGUGGCGAUGUCUCUGAUUCGAAGAGCUUCAAAUGUAUCGGCAAUGCCACAGGCAACCUUGGAAACAGCACUGACGUUUGA